AUGCAGCAGCCGCCCCCACCCGGGCCCCUGGCCCCUGCGGCCGAGCCAACCAAGCCUCCUUACAGCUACAUCGCCCUGAUCGCCAUGGCCAUCCAGAACUCUCCGGGGCAGCGGGCCACACUCAGCGGCAUCUACCGCUACAUCAUGGGCCGCUUCGCCUUCUACCGCCACAACCGGCCGGGAUGGCAGAACAGUAUCCGCCACAACCUGUCACUCAACGAGUGCUUUGUCAAGGUGCCCCGCGAUGACCGCAAGCCGGGCAAGGGCAGCUACUGGACGCUGGACCCCGACUGCCAUGACAUGUUUGAGCAUGGCAGCUUCCUGCGCCGCCGCCGGCGCUUCACCCGACGGGCCGGUGCCGAGGGCGCCAAGGGCCCCGCCAAAGCGCGCCGUGGACCCCUCCGAGCCAGCAGCCAGGAUCCAGGAGCCCCCGACGUCGCAGCUAGCAGACAGUGCCCGUUCCCGCCGGAGCCACUGGAACCCAAGGGCCUAAGCUAUGGGGGUCUGGUGGGGGCCUUGCCAGCCAGUUGCCCGGCCACCACCGAUACCAGGCCUCAGACACCCUCAGAGGCCAAGGAGAUGCCCACGCCCAAGGCUGAAGGCCCCGGGGAGCUCCCUGUGGCCACCUCGUCUUCCUCGUGCCCUGCAUUUGGCUUUCCCACCAGCUUCUCUGAGGCUGAGGGGUUUAGCAAGGCCCCUGCACCCAUCUUGACCCCCGAGGCCACCAUCGGGAGCAGCUACCAGUGCCGGCUGCAGGCGCUGAAUUUCUGCAUGGGGACUGACCCAGGACUCGAGCACCUCUUGGCCUCAGCAGCCCCUUCCCCUGCACCACCCACCCCGCCAGCCUCCCUCCGGGCCCCGCUGCCCCUGCCAGCUGACCCCAAGGAACCCUGGGUUGCAGGCAGCUUCCCUGUCCAGGGAAGCUCCAGCUACCCAUUGGGGCUGACCUCCUGCCUGUACCGGACGCCAGGAAUGUUCUUCUUUGAGUGA